AUGCGGGGCUCGGGGCCCCGGGGUGCGGGACGCCGGCGGCCCCAGGGCCGCCGCGACUCCCCCAACACCCCUGCGUCUCUGGCCGGCUGCUGCUCCGCACCUCGCAGGGCCCCCCUCUGGACGUGCCUUCUCCUGUGCGCUGCGCUCCGGACCCUCCUGGCCAGCCCCAGCAACGAAGUGAAUUUAUUGGAUUCACGUACUGUCAUGGGGGACUUGGGAUGGAUUGCUUUUCCAAAAAAUGGGUGGGAAGAGAUUGGUGAAGUUGAUGAAAAUUAUGCCCCUAUCCACACAUACCAAGUAUGCAAAGUUAUGGAACAGAAUCAGAAUAACUGGCUUCUGACCAGUUGGAUUUCCAAUGAAGGUGCUUCCAGAAUCUUCAUAGAACUGAAGUUUACUCUUCGGGACUGCAACAGCCUUCCCGGAGGACUGGGGACAUGUAAGGAAACUUUUAACAUGUAUUACUUUGAGUCGGAUGAUGAAAAUGGGAGAAAUAUCAAGGAAAACCAAUACAUCAAAAUUGAUACCAUUGCCGCUGAUGAAAGCUUUACAGAACUUGACCUUGGGGACCGUGUCAUGAAACUGAAUACAGAGGUUAGAGAUGUGGGACCUCUAAGCAAAACAGGAUUUUAUCUUGCCUUUCAAGAUCUGGGUGCUUGCAUCGCUCUGGUUUCUGUGCGCGUGUACUAUAAGAAAUGUCCUUCUGUGGUGCGACACCUGGCUGUCUUCCCUGACACAAUCACUGGAGCCGAUUCUUCACAGUUGCUCGAAGUGUCGGGCUCCUGUGUCAACCAUUCUGUGACAGAUGAGCCACCCAAAAUGCAUUGCAGCGCUGAAGGGGAAUGGCUAGUGCCCAUCGGGAAAUGCAUGUGCAAGGCAGGAUAUGAAGAGAAAAAUGGCACCUGUCAAGUGUGCAGACCUGGGUUCUUCAAAGCCUCACCUCACAGCCAGAGCUGCAGCAAAUGUCCACCUCACAGUUAUACCCAUGAGGAAGCUUCAACCUCUUGUGUCUGUGAAAAGGAUUAUUUCAGGAGGGAGUCUGAUCCACCCACAAUGGCAUGCACAAGACCCCCCUCAGCUCCUCGGAAUGCUAUCUCCAAUGUUAAUGAAACUAGUGUCUUUCUGGAAUGGAUUCCUCCUGCUGACACUGGUGGAAGGAACGAUGUGUCCUAUUAUAUUGCAUGCAAGAAGUGCAACUCCCAUGCAGGUGUGUGUGACGAGUGUGGAGGCCAUGUCAGGUACCUCCCCCGGCAAACCGGCCUGAAAAACACCUCUGUCAUGAUGGUGGAUCUGCUCGCUCACACAAACUAUACCUUUGAGAUUGAGGCAGUGAAUGGAGUGUCCGACUUGAGCCCAGGAGCCCGGCAGUAUGUGUCUGUAAAUGUAACCACAAAUCAAGCAGCCCCCUCUCCAGUCACCAAUGUGAGAAAGGGGAAGAUUGCAAAGAACAGCAUCUCUCUGUCUUGGCAAGAGCCAGAUCGCCCCAAUGGAAUCAUUCUGGAGUAUGAAAUCAAAUAUUUUGAAAAGGACCAAGAGACCAGCUAUACAAUAAUCAAAUCCAAGGAGACAGCUAUCACCGCAGAGGGCUUGAAACCAGCCUCGGUGUACGUCUUCCAAAUCCGAGCUCGCACCGCAGCAGGCUAUGGUGUCUUCAGUCGAAGAUUUGAGUUUGAAACCAUCCCAGUGUUUGCAGCAUCCAGUGACCAAAGCCAGAUUCCUAUCAUUGCUGUGUCUGUGACCGUGGGAGUCAUGUUGUUGGCGGUGGUUAUCGGCUUCCUCCUCAGUGGAAGGCGGUGUGGGUACAGCAAAGCAAAGCAAGAUCCCGAAGAGGAAAAGAUGCAUUUUCAUAAUGGGCACAUUAAACUGCCAGGAGUAAGAACUUAUGUUGAUCCACAUACCUACGAAGAUCCCAAUCAAGCUGUCCAUGAAUUUGCCAAGGAGAUAGAAGCUUCAUGCAUCACCAUUGAAAGAGUUAUUGGAGCAGGUGAAUUUGGUGAAGUUUGUAGUGGACGUUUGAAACUUCCAGGAAAAAGAGAAUUACCUGUGGCAAUCAAAACCCUUAAAGUAGGCUAUACUGACAAGCAACGUAGAGAUUUCCUGGGUGAAGCAAGUAUCAUGGGGCAGUUUGAUCACCCUAACAUCAUUCACUUAGAAGGUGUAGUGACCAAAAGUAAACCGGUGAUGAUAGUGACAGAGUAUAUGGAAAAUGGCUCUUUAGAUACAUUUUUAAAGAAGAACGAUGGGCAGUUCACCGUGAUCCAGCUCGUUGGCAUGCUGAGAGGCAUCGCUGCGGGAAUGAAGUACCUGUCCGACAUGGGCUACGUGCAUCGGGACCUUGCUGCUAGGAACAUCUUAAUCAACAGUAACCUUGUGUGCAAAGUGUCUGACUUCGGGCUUUCCAGGGUCCUGGAAGAUGAUCCUGAGGCAGCCUAUACCACAAGGGGAGGCAAAAUUCCUAUCAGAUGGACUGCCCCAGAAGCUAUAGCUUUCCGAAAGUUUACCUCCGCUAGCGAUGUUUGGAGCUAUGGAAUCGUGAUGUGGGAGGUGGUGUCUUAUGGAGAGAGACCCUACUGGGAGAUGACCAACCAAGAUGUGAUUAAAGCAGUAGAGGAAGGCUACCGUCUGCCCAGCCCCAUGGACUGCCCUGCUGCACUCUACCAGUUAAUGCUGGAUUGCUGGCAGAAAGAUCGAAACAGCAGGCCCAAGUUUGAUGAAAUCGUGAACAUGCUGGACAAGCUGAUACGUAACCCAAGUAGCUUGAAGACGCUGGUUAAUGCAUCGAGCAGAGUAUCUAAUUUAUUGGCAGAACAUGGCCCACUGGGAUCUGGGGCCUACAGAUCAGUAGGUGAAUGGCUAGAAGCCAUCAAAAUGGGCCGGUAUACAGAGAUUUUCAUGGAAAAUGGAUACAGUUCAAUGGACGCUGUGGCUCAGGUGACCUUGGAGGAUUUGAGGCGGCUCGGAGUGACUCUUGUCGGUCACCAGAAGAAGAUCAUGAACAGCCUUCAAGAAAUGAAGGUGCAGCUGGUAAAUGGGAUGGUGCCAUUGUAACUACAUUUUAAUGUCACUUUGCUGAAUUAGUGAUCCUGCACUUUGUAAACAAGCCCUGAGAUUUAUUUUAACAACAAAAGGGGGGGAGGGGAAACUCUGAUAACUUUUGUUAUCUAAACCUUUGAGAGCAUUUCUUUCAGCCACAGAAUUUGUAAUCAGUGUUUUACUAAAAUCUCCUUAGCUUCUUCUCAGU